AUGAAUUCUAAUUCUGAAGCAAAUUCCAAAGAAGAAUCAGUUUCUGAUCACGAUCAAAGCUUUCAGCAACCUCCUCAAGAAGUUGUCCACACAACUACCAAAUCCAUUGGUAUUAGAAGAGCAGAAUUAUUGAACCUGCAAUACAGUUGUAUCUUCCUGAAAGUAUGUUUCUUUAUCAGCAUCUUUUUUGUUGCUUAUACUUAUUCAAUUGAUGGUACUAUCCGUGGUAAUUUACAAUAUUAUGCUACCUCCUCCUAUUCUCAACAUUCCUUAUUUACAACUGUUAAAGUCAUCCAAUCGGUCAUUUCUGCUGCUGCUCAACCAACAUAUGCUAGGUUAUCAGAUAGGUUCGGUCGUUUAGAAUUAACUGUCGUAUCUAUUGUAUUCUAUGCUGUCGGUACUGUUAUUGAAUCGCAAGCAUACGAUAUUAACAGAUUUGCUGGUGGUGCUGUCUUAUAUCAAGCCGGUUACAGUGGUAUCAUUAUCAUGCUUCAAAUUGUCUUAGCUGAUUUUUCAGAUUUAAACUGGCGUUUGGCUGCUUCUUUUGUUCCAGCAUUACCAUUCAUUAUUAAUGCUUGGGCUGGUGGUAAUAUGAUGGAACAAUUCCUCGCUCAUCAUUCAUGGCAAUGGGGAAUUGGUAUGUGGGCAUUCAUUUUCCCACUUUCUUGUGUUCCUUUACUCAUAUGUUUAGUUCAUAUGAUUGUCAAGGCCAGAAAAACCCCAGAAUGGAAAGACUUGAAUGAAGAAGCUAAAGCUAAUGCAGGUCACUCCAAAUUAUCCAUCAAGUACUGGACAAAGUUAAGUGUUGAAUUAUUCUGGGAAUUGGACAUUGCUGGUAUAUUAUUUAUUAUAGUUAUUCUUGGUUUCAUUUUGGUUCCAUUCACGAUUGCUGGCGGAAUCAAGUCCACUUGGGCAAAGGGUUCGACCAUUGCUCCAUUAGUUAUCGGUUUUGUACUUAUUCCAGCUUUCAUCGUUUGGGAAGCCAAAUUCUCUCGUUUCCCAGUUAUGCCACUUGCAUUAAUGAAGGAUCGUGGUGUUUGGUCAGCAAUGUUCAUUGCCAUCUUAAUCGAUUGGAUCUGGUAUAUGCCAAAUGAUUUCAUGUAUACUGUCUUAAUCGUAGGGAUGAAUGCUAGUGUUAAAGCUGCUACUCGUAUCACCUACUUAUAUUCAUUUGUGUCCGUUAUCGUUGGUCCGUUAUUGGGUCUUCUCGUUACCAGAGUGAGAAGAUUGAAAGGGUUCAUUAUCUUCGGGUGUGCCUGUUGGAGUAUUUCCUUGGGUAUUUUAUUACACUUUAGAGGUGACAACAACGGUGUUGAAUCCCAGAAGUACUUGAAUGGUGUUAUUGGUGGUUUAUGUCUCAUGGGUUUCGGUGCUGGUUUUUUUACUUAUUCUACCCAAGUCAGUAUUUCUACUGUCACUAACCAUGAAUACAUGUCUGUCAUCAUCUCUCUUUAUUUGGCUAGUUACAAUGUUGGUGCUGCUAUUGGUGCAUCAGUUAGUGGUGCCAUUUGGACUAAUAAGAUGCCAUCUGUCAUUUUAGGUAAAAUGGAACAAAUGGGUGUUAGCAAUGCUACCGCAUUGGCAACUGAAGCCUACGGUGACCCAUUUGGAUUCAUUAUUGACAAUGUCUGGGGAUCUACUCCUCGUAUGGCAGUUGUAUUAUCUUACGCCGAAGUUCAAAGAUACCUCUGUAUUGCUGGGUUAGUACUUUGUUUUCCAUUGUUAACAUUUACAUUCUUCUUAAGAGAUCACAGAUUAGAUUCUGUCCAAUCAUUGGGUAUGCAAACUGCUGACGAAGAAAAGGGUAAGGAAGAUGAAGUUGUCGUCAACAACUACGAUGAUGAUAUUAUCCUCACCAAAUUAAAGAACAUGUUUAAGAUUCCUAGAAACUAG